GAGCAGACAUUUGUCACAAUGGUUUUGACAGUGGGUGGGUUAGAAGGUGGGUGUUGGGUGUGUGGGGCUUUAAGAACUGGGCUUUGAGGGAAGAAGGAGCUGGAGAAGAGAAAGGACCCAUCUGUUCAUGCCGUGGAUGAUAAAAACAGUGUGAGAGAGGGUCACAUACGAAGAAGAUGCAGGAAGGGAUGGAGGUCCGGUUCCCAAUCCAGAUGUUUCUUCCUAUCCACUGAGAGCGAGCACUGAGAUUUGCUUUACAAAAACAUGAAACCAAGAUGAAAAUGUGGAUUAUUAUCCUGUGCCUGAGCAACGGAUGGAUGCAGAGAACUUCUGCUGCUAGUGUGACCCCAACACCCUCCUCUCAACCAGCAACACCCACAGAGGAUGAGAGCACCCAGCUGGUGGAUUGGUUGAUCAAGUAUGGCUACCUGCCUCCAUCAGACCCUUCCACUGGGCAGCUGCAGGCUUGGACAGCUGUCACUGACGCUGUCAAAGCCAUGCAAAUGUUUGCCGGCCUCAAAGACACUGGAGUUUUAGAUGAGGAAACAGUGGCACUGAUGAAGAGCCCACGCUGCUCCCUUCCUGACCAAGAUGGACCAACCAGGUUACUGGUCAUCCAGCAGGGGAGGGAAAUAAGGAGGAAGAGGAGAGCUGCCUCCAUGUGGACCCGCAGGAACAUUAACUGGAGGUUGCAUUCCUGCCCUUCCUCUUCACACCUGUCCAGGGAGAUGAUUCGUUCUCUGGUCUUCUAUGCGCUAAGGGUCUGGGCAGAACCUACACCGCUGGAAUUCCAUGAGGUGAGCAGCCCAGAGGCAGCUCACCUGCAGGUAGAUUUUCUCCAAGGUUACCACGGUGAUGGCUAUCCCUUUGAUGGAGCAGGUGGGGCAGUGGGUCAUGCGUUUCUCCCUUCAGAUCCUGCCAGGGCAGGAGGAGUCCAUCUGGAUGCAGAGGAGCAGUGGGCUUUCAGACAGCCAGCUGAUGAGGGUACUGACCUGUUCACAGUGUUGGUCCAUGAGUUUGGCCAUGCACUGGGCCUGGCUCACUCCUCAUCUCGACACUCAGUGAUGAGGCCAUACUACCAAGGUCCUGUUGGGGACCCUCUGCACUACCGCCUGGGACAGCAAGAUCUGGAGCACAUCACUCAACUCUAUGGUAAAAGGAACCAGCUUUUGCCUACAGAUGCUCCCCGUCUUACAGCAGAGCCUCAGCUGCACCACAGAGCUCACCGCCAUCAUCACAGACAUGGUCCUCCCAUAGAUCGCUGUAACACCAGUUUUGAUGCUGUGGCAAAUAUCCGGGGAGAGACUUUCUUCUUCAAAGGUCUGACAGUAUGGCGAGUAAACAGUGGAGGUUUGGUGUCAGGGCGCGGGGCUUCAGUCAGGAGGCUGUGGAGGGGUCUGCCCCCUAAUCUACUGCAUCUUGACGCUGUGCUGGAGAGACAUUCAGAUCAUUCCAUCAUCUUUAUCAGUGGCUCCCACUUCUGGCUGUUCAGGGACCUGGCCCUGCAGGAAGGCUACCCUCAGCCCCUGACUGCUCUCCAGAUGGGGGUAAGCGUGGCUGGAGAAGUCUUUGAUGAUAACAACGAGGAUAAGGAAACGUCGGAAUCAGGAAAGUGGGGUCUGGUGUGGGAUCCAGAGGAGGGACCUGUGUGGGGAAAAAUUGAAGACUUAGAGGAAGAGAAGCAAGAAGACAAGUGGAGUCAGCUUCUUAAGGAAGGGGUCAGCGGCAUCACCACCGACAAUGAAGGUUCUGUUUACCUCUUCAGAGGAGAUUCCUUCUGGAAGUUCUUGUUUCCAGGCUCUACACCACAGGAGGGAUACCCACGAUCCUCUGCUGCAGAAUGGUUGGACUGCGCUGACUCCUUUUCCCCGCCUGGAGUGGACGACUUCUCUCUGUCUCUGUCUCCUCCUGCAGGAAGACAAGAGCUACGGGAAACACGGAGGGAGGACGGACAAGAUGGUGACGCAGGAGGGAGCAUGAGGGACAGACAUCGGUACCAACCUAAAUACGGACAGGACAGUGGGUCACACAUAUGGACACAGUGCACAUGUCAAAAUAAAGCACUAGGUGGCAGCAAAGCAUCUCUGAUUAGGGUUUGUCUGCUAGUGGUGUGGUCACUGUUGGCUGUUUGAGGAUACUUUAGUAAACAUUUUAUCAGAAAGUGUUUGAAUGACUGUAGCAGAGUGCAGGAUAAACCCUUCCUGCAGCCAUAAAGUUGUAGAUUUAGUCCAGGUUAUGUGAACUCUAGCAUGUCUAUACAUACCUGUCCUCAUCUUAUGUGUAUUUGCCAGAUUAAGUUUGCAACAUCCCUCCAUCAAUUGUCUUUCUCUUAUCUAAUAACUGUUGAUGGAGGUAGUAUAUCCAGGGAGAAACCCAUUCCUUUCACCAGCAGCAGCCUCCAGCUAGUUGUAGAAGAUCCCAAGACAUUCCUAGGUCAGAAUGGAAAUGUAUUCUCUGUGCUCAGUUCUGAGUCUCUCAGCUUUCAUUUUUUACAGCAUGCAUAACCACACAAGCCAUGUUUUCUGCAGCAGUAUGUGGUAAUAGGGUCACUUUUGUAGCUAUCCUGUUUUUGUAUAAGCAGAUUAAAAGCCAUGCCAGCUUUCUCGUUUUAAAGUCAA